AUGGCGACGAGGCUAGUAAUGGAUCUUACCUGCCCUGUGUGUAUUGACAUAUUCAAGGACCCGAUACUCCUCUCCUGUAGUCACAGCGUCUGCAAAACCUGUCUGCAGAACUACUGGAAGAUUAAAGGAUUCAAACAAUGUCCAGUCUGCAGGAGGAAAUGUUCAAAGGAUGGGCCGCCCCCAAAUUUGGCAUUAAAGAACCUGUGUGAGACCUUCUUACAAGAGAGGAGACAAACACAAAUGUCCUGCAGUCUGCACAAAGAAAAACUUGAGUUCUUCUGUCAAGAUGAUCAGCAGCUCAUGUGUCUGACAUGUCAAGACAAUUUACACAAAGAUCACAAGUUCAGUCCCAUUGACAAAGCAGCGACUGAUGCAAAGGAGGAGCUCAUGGUCAAACUGCAGGACAAGCUGAAGGCCUUUGAGAAGGCUAAAGACACCUGUCAUAAAUCAGCUGAGUAUAUUAAGACUCAGGCCGAAGACACAGAGAGGCAGAUCAAGAAGCAGUUUGUUGAGCUUCACCAGUUUCUACAAGAUCAAGAGGCAACCAGGAUAGCUGCACUGAGGGAGGAAGAGGAGCAGAAGAGUCAACCGAUGAAGGAGAAGAUUGAGAAGAUGAGCAGAGAGAUCUCAUCUCUUUCAGACACAAUCAGAGCCAUAGAAGAGAUGGGAGCUGAUGAUGUCACAUUCCUGCAGAACUACAAGAGCACAGUGGAAAGAGCCCAGUGCACACUGCAGGAUCCAGAGAGGGUUUCAGGACCUCUGAUCAAUGUGGCAAAGCACCUGGGCAACCUGAAGUUCAAAGUCUGGCAGAAAAUGCAAAACAUUGUUCAAUACACUCCUGUGAUUCUGGAUCCUAAUACUGCAGCUGACACUGUAAUCCUGUCUGAGGAUCUGACUAGUUUAAGACAAGGUGAUGAGGAGCAGCAACUUCCUGAUAACCCAGAGAGGUUUGAUGAGAAUACCUGUGUCCUGGGCUCUGAGGGCUUUAACUCAGGGACUCCCUCCUGGGAUGUGGAGGUUGGGGAGAACACAUGGUGGGUCCUGGGUGUGAUGACAGAGUCUCUCCAGAGAAAGGGAGACUACACAUCCAAGAAUGGACGGUGGUUUGUGUCUUAUACUAAUGGUGAAUAUAGUGUGUGUGCUGCACCACAGCCCUCCACUCUCCUCACAGUGCAGCAGAAACUCCAGAGGAUCAGAGUGCAGCUGGACUGGGACAGAGGAGAGCUGUCAUUCUCUGACCCUGAUAAUAACACACACCUACACACUCUCACACACACUUUCACCGAGAGGGUGUUUCCAUACAUUGGUAUUGGCUGCAAGCUCUCCCCUUUGAGAAUAUUACCAUUACCAUUUUCAUUAUUACUGCCUUCAUGCCAGAUGACCCAACUUUAAAAAUCCCGACCUCCAACAAAAAUGUGUUCAUGAGAUCAGCUCAGAACACAAAUACAGGACACACAAAUUAGUUAUUGGAACGGAUCAUGAGAAAUCAUGAGAAAUGAUUAUCCACUUGGGUGGAAGAGCAUGCCGGCAGUAGCCUAGAUAAACUAUCUGGUAUGAGUGAGAGAGUGACAUUGCCAUAGUCAUGCUGUUAUAGUUGCUGUGAUUGGACCUAACUCUUCAU